GUACAGUAGGUGGCGGAAUGCACAUAUAAUUGUUGCAAAUGCCAUUAUGACAAAGAAGAAGGUACAUUUGACAACUAUUUUAUGUAGCUCUACCUGAGGCUUCUCGACAGCCGGAGAAGUGUGCUGCCCCCUCCUGGUGAAUCCAUGUCCUGCUGCUGACAUCAGUAUUUGACAUAAGUAUUUGUGUCUCUGAGCUGUAGUUGUCCUCAGUGGAUGACAGGACCACAGACAUUCAGAGUGACCUGGGGGUGUGACGGUGAAACAAGCUCAUCAAGAGUGAAAGGUGGGCAUCAUCUUAAAAUAAGCAGUCUCAAACCUGAUGAAAAGUACCAGUUCAACAUGGCUACAGAGGGAGAAGACAGAAGCCAAAGCAGAUGGAUCUCAGCAUCCCUAUCCACAGUGGUCCCACCCAGAGUUUUAAAGAUAGACCAUUUGGAAGAGACCUCCUUCACUCUCCACUGGUCCAAGGCUGAAGGGAUGGAGAAAGUCCCACAGCGCUUCUUCAUAUCCAACUGCAUCCCAGGAAUAGACCCCCUCACAGCCGUUACUGACGACUGCCACAAAACUUUCUCAAACCUGCAUCCUGGCACCGAGUACACUGUUAGUGUUGCAACUGUGCUGAGCAAUGGGGAACAGAGUGAACCUGUCUCUACAACAGUCUGCACUAUACUUCCUGUUCCAGACCAGCUGACUGUUGACUCAGUGGACACCACAUCAGCUGCUGUUAGCUGGAACCAGUCACCAGGAUUGGACCACACCCAACAUCAUUACCAGAUCUCCUAUCGCUGUUCAGGGACAGAACCAUACAUCACCACCACAUCUUCACCCAGCAUCACUCUCUCUGACCUGAAACCUGCUACUGAAUACUCAGUCACUGUCUGCACUGUGCUGGAAAAUGGAAAGCAAAGUCAACUGGUGUUAACGACCCUCACCACAGUACUUCCUGCUCCAGACCAGCUGACUGUUGACUUAGUGGACACCACAUCAGCUGCUGUUAGCUGGAGCCAGCCACCAGGAUUGGACCAAACCCAACAUCAUUACCAGAUCUCCUACCAGUGUCCAGGGACAGAACCACACAUCACUACCACGUCUUCACACAGCAUCACUCUCUCUGACCUGCAAGGUGGUACUCAGUACUCUGUCACUGUCUGCACUGUGCUGGAAAAUGGAAAGCAAAGUCAACUGGUGUCCACAACCUUCACCACAAUACUUCCUGCUCCAGACCAGCUGACUGUUGACUCAGUGGACACCACAUCAGCUGAUGUUAGCUGGAUCCAGCCACCAGGAUUGGGCCAAACCCAACAUCAUUACCAGAUCUCCUACCACUGUCCAGGGACAGAAGUACACAUCACUACCACAUCUUCACACAGCAUCACUCUCUCUGACCUGCAAUGUGCUACUCAGUACUCUGUCACUGUCUGCACUGUGCUGGAAAAUGGAAAGCAAAGUCAACUGGUGUCCACAACCUUCACCACAA